CCAACUGAGAUAUAUAUAUCAUGAACGAGCGUUUGAAUGUACGCUAAAACUCUUUGGUUUCCGACUAUAAAAGUCACUAUACGAAAGUGUAUUGAUUUAGUUAGACUUCUGUUGUGUUCUAUGUCUCGAAGCGAGGGUAAAUGGACGACAAUAUUAAGCGAGAACUAUACUUUCUCAUCAUAAAAUUUCUGUCGGAUGGACCAUGUACUAAUGCUGCAGAGGUUUUAAAACACGAAGUAGAGGCACUUCAGCUAUUACCGAAAGCCAUCAAUUGGUUAGGAGAAACAACGCCCCGAAACUAUGCAGAGACGGCUACUCGGAAUUCACAGAUUAAUGGAGACUUCUUGCAGAGAAUAUGUGAACGACUAAUACCCUUGCUGGAGAAAACCAUCCCUCCAAGUGUAAAGGGUGUAGUCUCAUUGCUUGGUAAUGGCAGGCAGUCCUUACUUAGACCAGCAGAAGAUAAAGGUCGUCUUUUGUCUACAAAUUAUCUGGCAGUUUGUCGCCAUGGAGCUCCCAUUGUUCCUGGUUUUAAGACAAAGAAUACAUUCAACUUAACAAAUGUUGUGAGUGCAAGACAGUUAAGUGGUACAGUGUACAAAAGAAAUUUUUUCCAACAUGGUUUCUACUCUAAACUAUCUAUGCAUCGAAGAAUCCUUGGUCAUUUAUCAGCUGUUUAUUGUGUACUGUUUGAUCAAACGGGUCAUUCCAUUAUUACAGCUGCAGAUGAUAACUUGGUAAAAAUUUGGUCAAGCUUGGAUGGCAGGCUUUUGGCCACUUUACGAGGACAUAGUGCCGAGAUCUCAGAUAUUGCUGUCAAUUUUGAGAACACGCUUCUCGCUGCUGGGAGCUGUGACAAAACAAUUCGUGUAUGGAACAUCCAGACAUCGGCACCUGUUGGGGUUCUACAGGGACAUACUGGGUCUAUCACAUCACUUCAGUUUUGCCCUGGCUGUUUUGGUGAUUUUAGAUAUCUUAUGUCAACUGGUGGUGAUGCUGUUGUAAUAUUUUGGAAAUAUGACCUGUCGACCAAAAAGUUUGAUGAGGCACCAGUAAAGUUUCAAGAGAAAUCCAGACCUGGAGCUCAGAUAGUUUGUUCAUCUUUUAGUCCAGGCGGUGUUUUUCUUGUUACUGGCAACACGGAUCACGGAAUUCGGAUUUACCAACUUUUUCCAGGUCCUCCCGAGCGAAUUAGCGAGCUGUCAGCACAUCUAGAUCACGUCGACAGCAUACAGUUUAGUCAUACAAGUGAAAGAUUUCUAAGCGGUUCAAAGGACGGGACGGCUAGAAUAUGGUACUAUCAGCGAUCGGAAUGGAAAAGCAUUGUUUUAAAUAAUCAGCAAGUUCUAGAAAAUUCAUCAUCUACUCGUGAGGAAGACUUGAAUAAAUUUGGAAAAAUUCGCGUUACAAUGGUUGGUUGGGAUUUAUCAGACCAGUUUGUUGUAACAGCUGUCAACGACCAUACCUUAAAAGUUUGGGAGUCAAAGGCUGGGAAGCUCAUAUAUUCUUUAAAGGGUCAUCAGGACGAAAUCUUUAUCAUCGAAGCUCAUCCGACAAAUCCUGAACUUCUCCUCACCGCUGGACACGAUGGGUACAUUAUAUUGUGGAAUCUAACCCGAGGAAAAAUCGUUAAAAGUUUUAUAACUCAGUUGGAAGGCCAAGGUCAUGGAGCGGUGUUUGACUGCAAGUUCUCGCCUGAUGGUCAGCGGUUUGCCACCACCGACAGUCAUGGUCAUUUAGCAAUCUAUGGCUUUGGCUCCAACGAGCCUUAUCAAAAAGUUCCCGACGAACAAUUCUUUCAUUCAGAUUACCGUCCAGUUAUGAGAGAUAUAAAUAAUCAUGUGUUGGAUGAACAGACACAGACAGCCCCUCAUCUAAUGCCGCCGCCCUUUCUUGUUGACGUGGACGGUAACCCUCAUCCUGUUUACUAUCAACGUUUAAUACCCGGUCAUGGCGGUAAUAUCAGACCACGUCGUCACGCUGCGCUCAGUCCCCCGCCCGAUCCCUCGUCACCGAUGCCACCGUUGCUUGCACAGAUCGAACAGUAUGAACGUGGGCUCAUUUUCCCCGAGCCUGAAGGUCUACAGUCUCCUCCACCCGGUCAGAAUGCUCCUUCCCUUGCCAGUCCGGGGGUGGGCAGUCGUAAUAGAGGUCUACUGCAAGACGGUGAUAUUGAAGGAGUUCGUCAAUUGAAUGUUAAUAUUCCAAUCAUACAAGAUGUAGCAGAAGCUGACAUAAACGCUUGGAGAAAUAGAACCAUCGUCCCGAAAAUAAAAGAUUCAGAUAAAAAAUUUGAUGAAGAGAGGAGAGUGCUUUUGGGCCGGCAAGAAUUGUUGCGGUAUUUAAAAGAAAAGAAGAAAAGACCAUUACCUUCAACAUCCAGGCCUGUCAGUCAAGUAGAUAAGAAAGCUGAAAGAUUUUUGCGAAGUCGCGCUCGUCCAAGGAACAGGCGUGAUCGACCACGUGUCGUGGACACGCAACCUGUCUACAACACGCGUGCCACUGUAAACACGGCCAGCGACGUUGAUGAGUCUGGGGACGAUGAUGUGCUGAUGACACCCAGUGCCAGCGAGGACGAUGACGUUCCAUGGCACAGCAGUAGCAGUGAAACGAGUGAAUAUUCCGAUUGGACCGAGGAAGUCGGCAUGAAUACGAGACAGCAGUCAGAAAGCCAGCGGCCAUGUCGAAGGGUACGUCGUGUUAUUAGUUCUAGCGAUGACGAAGCGGCGGAAACAUCAACACCACAGGCAAAACCAGUGAAGAAGGAGACGGAGCAACGGAAGAAAGUUAUAAGGAAAAAGAAAAAGGUGCCAAGGAAACCGAGAAUGGACGAGAUUGAGGAUUGGUUGGACUACUAUAGGCCAUCGGAAUGGAUGUCUGGCACUAAACUACGACGGUUUCCUUAUGUACCUCAAAUAGGGGACGAGGUGUACUAUUUCAAGCAAGGUCACGAAAUGUACGUAAAAGAGGUGAUGAACCUGGAGUUGUACGAGAUAAAUCCUAAAAAACAAUGUUUCUCGAAACUCGACUUGAAAGCGGAAGAGCUUUGUAAAGUCGUAAGUCUUCACUACGUUAUAGGACCGCCAACGCUGGUGUCGUUAAAACUUUCAAUUCUGAACGCGGAAACCGGAGCUAAUACCGGAGGAUCGUUUACUGUAAAAUAUCAUGAUAUGCAGAAUGUAGUGGAUUUUUUUGUUCUCAAACAAGUCUACGAACAAUCAUUGCAGCGUGAAUGGCAGCCUGGUGACCGAUUCCGUAGCGUGAUAGAUGAUUGCUGGUGGUCGGGUGUUGUGACUGAAAUCAGUCCUUAUGAGAACGAAACACCUGAAAGUCAUUUCCAGUGUUAUGUCGUCAGUUGGGAUACUGGUGAAGUGGAGCGAAUGAGUCCUUGGGAUCUAGAACCUAUCUCCGAUACAGGUUCUUCGGGUGAUGCUGGCAUUAACACGUCCGAUGUCGAUUCGAACAACAUCCCUGUCACGGAUGAGGAAUAUAAUGCCUUAGUGAAAUACAUCCCUCAGGAGAACGAAUGGCCAGACGAGGAAUAUGAUGUAGCUGUGACUAGACUAACACGCGGGUUGAGUCAGGUCGCUGAACUCUCGUUUGCAGGCCCGUUUGCAUUCCCUGUAGACGUACGAGCCUAUCCAGACUACUGGAGUGUUGUAGCAUAUCCCAUUGAUCUGAAGGCGAUUAUUGAUAGACUUGGCAAUGACUAUUAUAGACGUAAGGCAGCGUUACUCUGGGAUGUGUGUCAAACAAGUCGUAAUGCUAAGAUAUACAAUGAAGAAGACAGCGAAAUCGUGCAAGAUGCUGAAAAACUUGUUACUAUUCUUACAACAUUCAUCAGGGAUGUGUCGUGUGUAGAUCCAUUGACGCUUUGUGAAGAUGUAAGCAUGGAAAGUGGCGAUGUCGAUGUUGAGCGCGCUGACGAAUCUGAAAGGGAAGGACAAGUUACUCCAGAGGGGGGUGCGGGUGGUGGUAUAAAGAGAAAGAAUCCCACUCAAUCUCCGGCUGGUCCAGUCAGAAAAAGGACGCGAAGAUCAGAAGCUGAACAAGCGGAUGAGUAUUCAUUGAAAGAGGAUAUUCUUUCCUUGUUUAACAUGCUGACAACCCGUAGCGACGCAGAACCAUUCAGAGAAGCUGUGGAUCUUGUUGAGUUUCCGGAUUAUACAGACUACGUAGACGAGCCCAUGGCGUUCUCUACCAUAAAUUCACGUAUCGAGAAUGAUUAUUAUCAUGAUGCAGAGCAGUUUAUUCACGAUGUUAGGCUGGUUUUUUCAAACUCAAGAAAGUACAACACGAACAAGAAAUCUAGGAUUUACUCAAUGACGUUGCGACUUUCGGCGUUAUUUGAAAACAAAGUCGAUGAUCUUUUAAUGAACUUUUAUCGUGAUCGAAGUAGCAGCGGUCGUCGGACGCGCCAGCGAUCAAGGCGAGCAGUGGAAGACACCCCUGGUACUAGUGGUAUAUCUCAGGAAACUCGUGUUACUCGGUAUAGCGCCAACCCACGUGCCUCCACACGCGCCUCCACGUCAAGGCAACGUGAAUGUGUAGAUGGACGGGGAACUAGUAAGGAACGAUUAAAGAUAAAGAUUUCGUUGACAACCGGGUCUGUGAGUACUUCAUCGGGACACGGUGCUGAAGUGGACAAUAGGGAUCUAGAAGGGACGUCCAGUCAGGUUCUUUGUGAUGGUGCCAAUGAUUCAGUUGGUCAGAGGACACGGACUCGAAGCUCGACUAGAGGGUUAUUUCGAGAUUCUGUAAGCAGUACCAGCUCAGUUGCUACAGAAGCGCCAGUGUUUAAAAAUGAAAAUGGACCGUCAAGAUAUUCCACUCGACUGCGGGUACCACCCACGCGGCUCAACCUGAAUGGAGCGUCCGUCGACGACCAUAGUGAAGAUGAUAACGAGGAAAGUAGUGAGGAAGAAGAAGAGAGCGAGUCUAGCGAGGAGGAGGAAUCAGAUGUUUCUUCAGACCAUCAUCAUAGAAGUAACCGUUCAGGAAAAAUGCCAACGAACGCGAAGAAAACGGCUAAAAACUCAAAUAGGAAAGGAAAGCAAGUUGCGAAGUCUAGACGAACGUUAAGAACCCGCACCGUCCCGUUGCGUUACGAUGACAGUUGUUCGGAAAGUGAGGGUGAAUCGCAAAACCAGCAAUUGGACGUUUCUAGUCGCGGUCGUGUGCGAAAGAAGGCGUUUAAAAUGGUGGACUAUGUUAACUAAAGGUGGUACUAUCGCUGAGGAACGUUUAACUUCAACUUAGACCACCCAUGAAAAACAAAUCUUUGAAAAGGAGAUAUUUCAGAAAGUAUCAAAUCAAGUCAUACGUUUUGUGGCAAGUUGAAGUUGAAAGUUGUUCAGUUUAACGAGAUGUAUCCAACACGUUUCUUUUGCGCCUUCCACGACACGUUCUCUCUGUUCAGGUUGUGUGAAACUCAGAUUUUAGGAAAUUGGUGAAAAUUUAUCGGCAGGAAAAAAGUUGCAUGCUGAAUGUAUGUAAGAUAUAAUGUAAACAUGAGACUCAAAUUUAUACUUAAUUUAUUUCCCAUACAUAAUUAUUUAUAUUAUAGCUUCAUUUUUCCAUCAUUUUUGAAUAAAAUAUUUUUUAUCAA